CCGCGGAUCUGUUUUUGCUUCAACAGUGUUUGGACGGAACAGACCCGGGGACUCCUCUUUCAUCUUCCCAUCCACCUUCCAGGUACAAGUUUCGGGACCAUCUUCUCGCCUAUCGCCUCCUUCCAGGACCGGACAACACCGUUCUUUUGUGGGUAGCUCCUUAUUGCUGAUCAGCCAUGACCUCUCAGAUUCGUCAGAAUUAUUCCACCGAGGUGGAGGCUGCUGUCAACCGCUUGGUGAACCUGCACCUGCGGGCCUCCUACACCUACCUCUCUCUGGGCUACUACUUUGACCGAGAUGAUGUGGCUCUGGAGGGCGUGGGCCACUUCUUCCGUGAGCUGGCGAAGGAGAAACGCGAGGGAGCCGAGCAUCUCCUGAAGAUGCAAAACCGGCGCGGCGGCCGUGUACUCUUUCAAGACGUGCAGAAACCAUCUGAAGAUGAGUGGGGUAAAACCUUGGACGCCAUGGAAGCUGCCCUAGCCCUGGAGAAGAACCUGAACCAAGCUCUUCUGGACCUUCAUGCCUUGGGCUCUGCCAAGACUGACCCCCAUAUCUGUGAUUUCCUGGAGAACCACUUCCUAGAUGAGGAGGUGAAGCUCAUCAAGAAGAUAGGUGACCACCUCACCAACCUCCGCAGGCUGGCGAGCCCCCAGGCUGGGCUGGGCGAGUACCUCUUUGAAAGGCUCACUCUUAAACAUGACUAGGAGGUCAGAGCCUGGCGGUCUCUGAGGGGCUCCUGCAUCACCCGGCGUAAGGGCUUUGCCUAACCCUCUCCCUCCAGCCACUAGGCAGCUUUCUCACCUUUCUGGAGCCCCCUCCCAAAUCUUGGACCAAAAGAAAAUAAACCCUUUUGCAGCA